CCUACGGCUCUCGAUGAAGGACAUGGGCAGAUGUGUCCAAUCGGAACACCACUACAACAAACUGCAGUUUUUCUCUUGAUGGCAACGCAUUUCUCACCUUUUUAUAUCUUUUUUUUUCGAACUAGACCAUCGCAAUGAUAAUGAAAGGCACGAAAUGCUGCAGCAACAGCAACAACAACAACAAAAACAACAGUCGCAGAGACAUGGUGCCCCUGAUUCACCAUCAUCGCUGCAGAACAUCCCUCUAGGCUCAAAGCGAAAGGAAAUCAAGUCUGUCAAGGGUGUUUUGAACUCUGGCAUGAAUGCCCCGCUGAACGGAGGCUCGAGAUCUCGUCCUUCUUCAACCCCUGGAUCGCCACUCGUGGAACCCCGUGUACAGCUCCUGGGUCAACAGCAUCAGAGCCAACAGCAACCGACAUCUUUUGGAGCUGGUGAAUCUCAUAUGAUGAACGGUCUGAGUUCGGCAGCUACCCGGUCUGCCAAAGUCAAGUCAGACUUGUUGAUGGGACUCAACUCGCCAAGCACUCGAUCGGAGCGAUUCUCAGCAGCGUCCAUGAAGGACUCUUCUGAAGGCGGCUUUCAGCAAGGCAAUUCGAUUAAGAUGAGCGGUCUCUACGGAUCCACUGCGCAGUAUGAUAUGAACCACCUGGGCAUGAGCGGCUACGGUCUGUCAACAGUUUCUGGUCCGCCGCCAGGAUUAGGCAUGCCCAACGGGGGAUCAGCAUCCGGCAGCAACAGCAAUAGUCCCUACCUGAUGUCGGCGCUCCUGGGCCGCACUCCAGAGAACGGAUCUUACUCUAUGCCGUCGUACGCGUCGAACAACAAGCCCCUGGAUGUGACUAGUAUGAUGAAUACCCUGGUCUUUGGGCCGGGCCAAGCAAGUCCGCUCAUGAUGUCCCCCAACUGGCUGCCAGCUAACGGAAACAAUGCUAGUGUUAGCAAUGGCACCGGUCUGUCGCCUCAGGUGAACGGUGAAAACCAAGGAGUCUCACGACAAGAUACCUAUCAAGAUCAAGCCGGUAAUGAUGACCGGAACAUCAAUGCAGGCCCCAAUGCGACGGACAACCGCGUGAAUUCAACCUCUGCGACUGCGCGAAGUGUUGAGGACCUGGAGCUACAGGUGAUCAAUGCGAAGAUGGAGACGCAGAUGCUGGAGAACCAGUUGAAUGCGGUCAUCAAGCGGAAUCGUCGCAAGCUGUACGCAUAAAAGCGUCGGAGAAAACUAUCUGAAGAUCUGAAGCGUGGAUACAUAGUUUGUAUGUAAAAUAAAAUUAAUAGAAAGACCAGUGCAUCC